AUGACGUCUGUAGCACAUGGCCUCCUUGCGAAUACCUCCGUAUCGCUUCCGCCACCGCCAUCCUCAACAAACGCGGCCCUAUCUCUUCCGGUAAACCUCAAAAUACCAUUAGUCGAUAAUCGUGGGCUAUUUGGCACCGUAACAGAACCCUCACACGACGAAGCUGAGGAAGAAUUUCUUACCGACGUAGGCAAGGAGACUUCAGGACCUCCGGUUGCAAACGCGGUUAGAAGGGAGCCUUCUCAUUCACCGAGAAAUUCUGGGAGUCCACCUGUUUCCUUUUUCGAACCGGAUUCUCUCUCGCCGCCUCCUCAGGUACUCCGCCGGGGCAGGAAACGUAAACAUCGAUGCUCGUCUGUCCACCACCCAACCACCCCAUCUUCGACUCCAUCUCCUACGCCAGUGCGGCAGCAGGAGAAAGUAGAGAAUUUUCAGUGCAGUGAUCCUCCUGUUACGUCCUCAGUUGCUGCUUUCGACCUCUUAGCAUCUGUUAGACCCAUAAAUCUACUGCCAGACAUACCUUUGCCCGUCUGCACGAGUUUCGGCGUAGGUGAUCUUGCCGGCGCGACACAAGGUUCGUUUGCACGCUUCGUCAACUCAACUGGUUUGCCGAGCUUUAGUGAACUUGGCACUUCCGAGUGUAUAUUUUCCAACAAAACAGCGGCCCGACAGUGCUCAUCAGUUACUGAGUCUAAGCCGCCAUCCAGGUGUGAGCAGAAAGAAAACUCCCAGGGAACCGAAACAGACACUCCCACUACCGCCGCUUUCGACAGCUCUGACAGUCAGAAUCCCGAGAGCAUAAGUUCUUGCAGAUCGUCGGCUAGUUCUCAACCAACGCCACUUCUACCGGAUUCUAUAAAGCUGUCUUUUGCCACUGAACUCUUUAAGCCGGUAUUUGCCGAUCCGUUAAAACCCUCGCCCUUGACUUUGCCGUUUACUUCUGCGAACGAAAAGGACUCCACAGUGGUCGUUUCUGCGUGUGCUGCUCAGCAGCCUCCAAUAACACCGAUCAAGUCAGAGGCCACAUUCACCCUUUCAUCUUGCGGAGUUUUUUCUUCAUUGACCUCCUUCGGCACAGCAGGAGCCCUCUGUCCAAUGGAACAGUAUGUGUCAGCCGGAUUUUCGAGACCCGCGCCUGGAAUGACUUUUGGCAGCUUUGCUGGGGCCGCGGCCUUUAGAUCUGAAAGUUUCAGUGUUCUGGCUGCAAAGGCGAGACAAAGUGAGUCAAAUCCUCCGCAUGCAUCUUCCAAAAGCCUCACUUCUGGUUCCACAGCCUUUGAAGCAGGUGUUGUCACCAGACCGGCCACGUUUUCCGACAUUGCCAAAAUUGCUAGGGAGACAUCCACCGAAGGUGGUAAGCUCGACAAAGACAAAAACGCGGUCCUGUCUGACAUCUCAUCAUCUUCGAAUGCAAGUAUUCUUCAGGCCUCACCCCUGACCUCGUCCUCUUUCGCAUUUGGCAAGAAUUUAUACGCACCUACCACAGACGCAAGACCGUUUAGUUCACCUCUAAAUGACUCGAGUGAACGCUCGCUGUGUGAGGUUUCUUCGUCCGGUAAUGAAUUCACUGUUCCACCAAACGAACCACUGGGUCCUACCGCGUGGGGAGAGCCCAAGACUCACUCCGAUAAUGCUCUCAGAAAAGGUUCGAAAUCCGUGGGCCGCACAUUUCGCCGGCGAGGGCGUCACAACCGCCGGAGACAGAGACCUCCAAAUGCCACUCCGUCCGACCCAGCCGUUUUAUCUAUUCCAGCAAACGAAGACACCGAAGUGGAUGCUGUCGUCGAUGGGCAGCCGAUCCCCCCGGACAACAGCUUACUUGCACCAUCCGGCCUUGAGGUUGCUAAUAACUCUGACGAACCAGUACCGGGAGAUGCUGAAGCACGUUUUGUGGGGGUGGAUGCUAUUAAAGCUUCAAAAGAAAGCGUUGACAAGGAAGAUGUGCGUUCCCAAAUAUCCACGUCGCCUGAAAGUAAACCAGAGGGCGCUGGUGAUUCAGACUUUAUGUCAUCUCACAUUUUCACAGAAGCGACUUCGCAGCGCAACCCAGUGGAUCAGCCCGAGCCCCAACGCCUACCAAUUCGACUGAAAUUAAAGCUCACUCCAGUCUCCACCACGAAACCCUCACCCGCAACCACUGUUAGCGGGGGUGGCGGCCGUAUUGGAAAACUGCGUCUUCGCCUACGUGAUCCCCUUGGCCGCAAAAAGUCGAAGACC